CAAGCCUUGUCAAUCAUAGUAUCAAGGCGCUACAUGUGUAAACAUCGUAACGUUUUCUAGGAAGCUUCAGUUAUUAUUUGUGCAUCAUAUGUUUCAAGGCUACAUAUUAGUAAAAUAAUGAUAUGACAUGAAGUUGAGAUUGGAUAUGUUGCAUACAUUAAAUGUAAAAAUACCGCCCAUGGAUUAUAUACACAAUAACUAUGUAUUGCCAUGUCAUUAAGCAAGCUUGAAACAUGGACAUUGCCCUAUAAUAGUUCGUGAUCUAACAGCAUCCAAGAUGCCUAAGUUGACAAUAGACCUGAUUGCCCGUGGUACAUCUGGCUAUACAAAGAAGAAGCGAGAUGAAUCAAUGCAGCAGUAUCUUCGACGAUUAACACAUCUUUACCUAGAGGACAAGUCUAUAGAUGAAGUGGGUGAGGACUUGGCAUUGUGCCGGAACCUGAUAGUCCUGUAUCUCUAUGACAACCAACUGAGUAAAGUGCCGGUUCUCCAUCACAACCAGAGCCUCACUCACUUAUAUCUACAGAACAACAACAUCUGCAAAAUAGAAAACCUUGGGCCCCUCAACCGACUUGUAAAACUCUACAUCGGUGGCAACAACAUCACGGUUGUGGAGGGGCUAGAGAAGCUGGACCAGCUGCAGGAGCUGCACGUAGAGAACCAGCAUCUGCCCCCAGGAGAGAAGCUGCUCUUUGACCCCAGGUCACUCAGAACUCUCGCUAACACUCUACAAGUGCUCAACAUAUCAGGCAAUAACCUGGACAGCGUUAAGGACCUGGAGGUGUUGAAGCGUCUCACACAGAUGAUGGCUAGUGACAACUUCCUCAAUGACAUGAAGGAGCUUGCUCAUAUUCUGGGACUGUGGCCCUUCCUGUGGAGGCUGGAGUUGAUGGGCAACCCAGUGUGUCACAAGGCCAAAUACAGGGACAGAAUUAUUGUCAUGUCAAAACAUUUAGAGAUGCUAGAUGGGAAGGAGAUCUCUGAAACAUCUCGUAAAUUUUUGUGCAACUGGCAUGCAAGCAAAGAAACACAGAAGAGAAAGCGAGAUGAACUCCUGCGGAAAGGAACGAUGAUGGCGGACAUGACUGAGAUUCAUACUGGUACAAACAAGGAUGAGGAUGUGGACAGUGCAAUAGGUGGUCACAAGGAUCUUCCUCCUGUGAAAGGACCACCAAAGAGUUCCAGUGUUCCUGGAUAUUUGAUGCCAGGGUUACCACGGAAACAGUUUGAUGAGUUGUUGGCUAAAAACAACAUGUCUGACAACACUGUCAACACCACUGUCAACAACCGUGCCAGUAAAACCCGCAGUGGUGUCCUUCGUGCCAAGUACACUGACGCGCAAGGUGUUGUCCACAUGAAGCCUGUGUCCUCUGCCCCAGUUCGUAGGCAUCCCUUCAUGAGUGUCAGCUUCGAAGUGACUGGUGGCCUCAGAAACCAGCACAUUCCUCAGCAGUUCCUUUAGAGAUGCCCGUUGUCCCACACAGAUUGCAGAAUGUUUGCCGAUUUGUGUGCCAUCUCACCAGUACGUUUUAUCUUGCACAACAGCUCCACAACGACUUAGCUUCUGUGAUGUCAUCUGUGACUGUCUUUAAAUGACCCCAGUUUAAUCAUAUUAUGAGAUACUAGUAAAGAUGACAUUGGACUGACCUUUUCAACCUUAGCUUAAUCAUUUACUCUUUCACUUCCAUGGUCAUCUUGUGUGGACUGACACAUUCACCGCUACCUAGACUAAUUUGUUAAGGGCGAUGCCAAUGCUGUCAAGUUGAUGAUUGACCUCGCCUGGAAGAGAGUCCAUUAUGUAUAAUAGGUGCCCUCAUCGAUGGUCACCUGAACGUAUCUGUGGAGCAGUGUUAAAUUGAGAGACAUUGUUGUCUCAUGAUUAAAAGUGCUACCUAACCAGAUUCAUUGUAUGCCAUUGAGAAUGAGACUUGUAUGGAUUUAUCAGAAUAAUAUUGCUAGAUUUAGAGAUAAUGUUGUUAUUUCACAUACUGUAUUUUUGUUUCAUUACUUUGCAAUGCAUAUGAAGAAAUUUUCUGAUGAAUCUUUGACAUGUGAUACAUUGUAAAUAUUAUACUGCUGUUGAUGUAUAUAUUUUGAAUUUAUUUAUUGUAUUUAAGUGUCUGUGGUGAUGAAUUAAUAUAAUACUGUUAUUGAAGUGAUGAUCAUACUGUUUGAUAUGGUGCUUACAAGUGAACUGUUAUGUAAUUAAUACAUGUAGAGAUCUUUUUCAGUCGAAUCUGGAUAAAAGCAAGUUCAACAGAGGUCAAGAUAAUUUUGUUAUUGCUAAUCUUUGUUAGUCAGCUGAACAACAGUUGCUUUUAAUCCAGGAUAAUUAUAAUUGUCCUUAUUCUACCUGAUGGAUCACCAUAUCCAACUUUUUUUUUAUCAACUUGUUUUUUUGUACAAAAAUAGACAUGUAAUAUUUUAGAAGAAGCCUUUCUUGUUAAGACUUCAAUUCUUUGUAUUAGUCACAUCAACUGACUGGAAGAGUUGUAUAUUAAAUUUCAAAAAAACAUAAUUUGGUUGGUAGGUUUCAUUUAAGUUUAACCAUACAGCUAUUGUUGGCUGUUAAUGUUAUCAUUCAAGUGAAGAACCAGGUUAGAAGUGGUUUUCUGCAAUCCAUGCUUGUUGUAAGAGACGACCAACAGGAUCGGGUGGACAUGUUCGCUGACUUGGUUGAUGCAUGCCAUCGUAUCCCAACUGCGUAGAUUGAUGUUCAUGAUGUCAACCACUGGAUUGUCUGGUCCAGGCUUGAUUAUUUACAGGCUGCUGACAUAUAGCUGGAAUGUUGCUGAGAGCUAAUAUUCUCCACAUUAUUAUUACAGGUGUGAAGUGAUACAAGUAUACUAGUUGUAAAACAAGAUGUAAGUUUCUCUAUUAAACCUUGAUGGUUGUUGUUAAAAUGCAGAGUUAAUUCUAUUCACUUAUGAAGAUCAGUGGAAUGAGUAACUGGACAUGAACAGACAUACAGCAAUGUAUAUAGACUAUUUUUUUAAAGAUAAUAUUACUAUGUAGUAUUUGAUGGUUGCCUUGAUGCUAUUGCAUGACUUGACCUUAGCAGUAUUACAGCUUCUUGAUGCACAGAGUUGGUUUUAGUGUGUUGAUAUCAUUAUCAACUAGGUUAGAGGUAUCAGUGAUAUUAAUCCAAGUGCAUUCCUUGAAAAGGUAAUAUACGUAGCUAGAAUAUGAUAAUCAUAGUAUGGAAACUAUGCUGGCCUGAAUGCUUUUCACACUUGUACUGAGAAUUUAAUAGCCUUCACGCUCAAUACAAAGUUCAGCUGAUGCGACCUCCUUUGGAGGUGAUCUCAGAUUUUUGUGCAGAGGGGUAUUGUAUCGGAGUAAAGAGCUCAUUGUGUACUUGGAGGUUUGGUUUUACCAAUAUGGGAACAUCUAUGGCCUGAGUCAAUUUAACUCUCCUCCGACUGUAAGCUUUGAUGUACUGUACUGAAAUACUGUCUGAUGACCACUCAUAAACCUAAUACAGGCAUGAACCACAAGACGUGUGGAGUGGUAUUUGAGUUUUGAAAUAUGUACUAUUGAGGAAAUUUGGAUGAGACAAUGUCCCAGGUGCUCAGCUAACAGUAUUGAACUUUCUAAUGUCUUGUGUGUUGACAUUGAGUUUAUCAUAUGGGUUAUCCACAGUGUAUGCUUAAUUGUGAUCCAAGGGAUCAUGUGAUGAAUUCUGUUUAGAAUGGUUUCACUACACAAGUUUGAUUUGUUGAUGUUGACCACACAUUACUGAGGACAUUGUCUUCAUGUGACAUGUUUGUGUCUUGUCUGUGUGCUGUAUUUAGUUUGAUUGUUUGUGUAUGUUAUACCUUGACAUUGUAGGGAGGAAAUAUGUUUGAGAGUCCAUUGUCAAUGAUGGAAAUGGAAUGGGGAUUGGAUGGCAUUGCCUAUUGUUAAAUUGGACAGUUAGAGGGAUAACUAUCUCAGAAGAGCAUCUGAGUUGGUUACCCAAAUGAUGCUCAUUUUAGCAUCUCCUCCCGAGUCAGCCGCUGGUUUGACUGUUCCAGGCCUGGGUCCUGUUCGACAGAGCGAUCUUAGCGCUAAUAUGAUCAGAACUGCCAUACUUUGACAGAGACAGAAGACAAUCGCUAGCGCUAGUACCUCUUUGUAAUCUGAUCUUGCUGGCUGAUGCAUCUAAUAUGUUGCUGAACAUGGCAAUGAACUUGCUUUCAAUUUCCUCAUUUUUCACACCUGAUUAACACAUCUCCAGCGCUUGCGGCAGAUAACUGCAUAAUUGCUGAUGCAUCGUAAAGCAAUAUUCACUCACUCAUUCAUCCCCAGAAAGGCAUUAAUUUACCUAAAUCAAAAUAUUUUAUGACAUUCAAAUAUGAUUAAUCAGAAAACACUUCUUUAUUGAUAGCAUUUACAUUGUUUCACGGGAAUAUAUGAACCUGUGUAGGCCCCUGGUAGCCUGUUAACUGAAAAGCCAUUUGAGGUGUUUUCAUCCAAAUGAAAUGUUUUCUAUUGAUGUAUGAAAAAAACAGGAAGCUUUGAAAAAGAAAUAUUUCUUGAUGAGGAUUCUGAUGGAGAAAUAUUUCUAUUAAUGAUACUUGAUUUAGCUGCUCACUUGAACUAGACUCCAUUAUUUACAGGCCAUGAUAUAGCUGCAAUAUUGCUGACUGUCAUGUUAAACAACAAACAAACAAACACUUUCUAAAAAUGUCUAAUGUGUUUGUAGACACCUGCAAUUUUUGCUCAUGUUUAGACUGAUUAUGUUGCUCUGUUAGUUUCAUAUACUGUACAUAGACACAUGUGUUGUACAGUCAUAUGAUCAGUUUGAGAGUUGAGGUUGCAUUUUGUGUUGCUUUGUAUGUCACCAUAAAAUAGUUUGAACAUGAA